GAAGCUCUCUGGAAGGCACAAGGCCAAGACACAAAGCUACUGAUUAUGGGAGGGAGUCGGGCGAUAACAGGGGACUCACCGAGGGAAGGAGGCUGAGGCGACGGCGGUUCCGGGUGGCUGGAAGCGACCGGCGACGUGACUGGGUCCUCUGGCAGUGGUGCGACGCGAGAGAGAGAGUGAGGGAGUUAGACUGAGAAGUGAAAAUCAAGGGAAGAGAGAGAGAUCUCGUCGGGGACUUAACGAAAAGGAGUGGGUUCAACGGGGUUGGGCUGGUCGGAGAUUUAUGGGCAGCCGGGGUAGUGCUCCGACGUCCUAGGGUGGUCGGCGGUGGCUGGGCAGAGUAUUAAGCUUAUGCGAAAGUGAGGUCUUCCUCCAGAUUUCCUACGUACAAACUGAGGAGUAGAGACUCAGCAGCACCAAGAAACAAUGUUAGCAAUAGAGAGAGCAAUUCGAAGAAUCCACACUGCUGUGGAUGCUCCACGCCUCACUAGAUUUGCUCUUCAUGCUCCUAAAUGUGUAGAGGUGGGAUUUGCUGAUGGUAGUGUGUUUAAUUUGGCAGCUGAAUUUCUAAGAGUUAACAGCCCAGCUGUUGACGGAAAGAUCAGGUCUGUUGGGGGUGAAAAGGUAAUAUCAGGAAGGCGUCAUGUGGGAAUCAUGUCGGCAGAACCUGUAGGAAACUAUGGGGAUUGUCUUCGAUGAUUUGCAUAAAACUGGAAUAUAUCCGUGGGACUAUUUCUAUCAUCUUGGGAGUAACAAGUUUACCCUCAUGAAAAGUUAUAUCAAAAUAUUAAAGAAGCAUGGACUCAGCCGGGAUCCGCCUAGAAGAAAAUAGUAUACAUAUGUCAGACAAUCCUGUCUUGUUCUUCUAUUGAUGCCUCCGAGGAUCACAAAGUGAACUGACUUCUUAUCUCAAACUUGAAGAUUUCCAUUGCUUCUAUCAACCUGGAAAGCGUGGAGCCGGGUCUUGGGACAUAGUGGAUACGAUUUGACUGCUUUGUAUAUCGAUCAUAAACACAGAUUGAUUGCUUGAGACCUUAAAAAGAACGAGUUCAAGAAUUCACUAAACAUAGUUGGUAACAUGAGCUAUUUUGUACCUGCAGUGAAUUGUGUAAACCAGUUGACAACAUGAUCGAUUUUCUUUUUUCCCCUGCAAAUAGUGAAGAGUGGCCUCAAGGGAGAGCCUUUAUAAUAUAUGCAUAGCAGCAGCUUUAGGUUA